AUGGUCUUGGAAACUGAUCCAGAAACAUGCGAUCAGCUUAAGGAUUGGAUAGGUCACGAAUUGAUCGAAAAAGACCCGGACAUCGCGAGCGAAUUGAUUGACUAUGUGCUAGAAAUACUCAGAGGCUUACCAAGUGUCAGUGACAAGAAAGAGAGUGGGUUUGAUGCCGAAGAUUUGGUAAAACUGCAACUGAAAGGAAUUGUAAGGAAUCCGGAGACUAUGGUCGAACAGUAUCCUUCAAGAAUGUUGGCACUGGAAAAUGAGGAAAAGGCCUCUCGUCCUACAUCGUCCGUCAAAAUUAUGCACAUUCCUAUUCGAUUUCUGAAAAAAGAGCAGAUCAAAGCUCAGUUUCGCGCUUUUGGUGCGAUCGAACACUGCAAAGUGAACAUGCUUGAACGUCAAGCUGUUAUACAGUACAAAAACGAAUCUUGUGCUAUAAGAUGCACUAAGGCAGCUACUGUAUUCUUCCAGAACAGGUUUGUGAAGGCCGAGUUUUUCCAUGGGAUUUUGGAAGACUUCGAAGGCGCAACACUAAUAUCCACAGAACCUCAGAAAAGUUUCCAGAUCCCCCAGUCGCCUUCGCCACCUACUCCAUUAGUGUCAUCUCCAGAGGGAAACGACUUCAGCAAGCGCAUACAACAAGUACAAGGCGUUCAACAGGCCAUCUUCGAGAACAACCAGCGGUCGAAUGAAAGCUUCAAGAAGAAUUUCAAUGAACUAUUCAGCUCCAAAGAGAAACUUCUGCGAGCUCACCAGUCUCUUCUUCAAAAUCUGCGACGAAAAACUCUAGAUUUACCUCCAGAUGACACAGGCACAACUGUCGAGCAAUUGGCUUUGGAGUUCGAAGAGCUUCAGACCAGCAUGGAUAAAUUAAGCAUUACACCUGAGGCCAUGGUUAAUAUCAAACUGCGAAAGCUCAAUAUGGACCAUCCUAACGAGCUCGAAAUGAAAGAUGCUCGCGCAGCAGCAGGAAAGAAGAAGCGAGCUAAGAAGUCAACCGUGUUGCGGAAAAAAAUGCGGCGGAAAAGAUAG